AUGGCGGCGGCGGGGGGCGCGGCGAGCCGCAGGGGCCCCGGGCGGCCCUGCCCCUUCUCCAUCGAGCACAUCCUCUCCAGCCUGCCCGAGCGGAGCCCCCCGGCGCGGGCCGUCCGCGCGCCGCAGCCCGCCGGCCGCCAGAGCCCCGCGGAGCCCGGGGAGCCCGGGGCGCCCGAGGCCGCGCCCUGCGCCUGCUGCUGCUGCUGCGGGCCCCGCGCGGCGCCCCGGGGGCCCUCGGAGCCGGCCGCCGGGCUGGGCGCGCGGCUGCCGUGGCCGCUGAGGCUGGGCCCCGCGGCGCCCUUGCCCUUGGCCGCGGCCAGCGGAGGUUCGGGGGCGCUGCCGGGCGCGGGCGGCCCCGGCCCGCAGCGGCGCACACGGCGCCACCGCACCAUCUUCAGCGAGGAGCAGCUGCAGGCGCUGGAGGCGCUCUUCGUGCAGAACCAGUACCCCGACGUGGGCACGCGCGAGCGCCUGGCCGGCCGCAUCCGCCUGCGCGAGGAGCGCGUGGAGGUCUGGUUCAAGAACCGCCGGGCCAAGUGGCGACACCAGAAGCGCACGUCAGCGACCUCGAGGCUCCUCCCCGGAGCCAAGAAGGCCCCAAAGGAGAGCUGCUGAUGGCUCUGGUAGCUACUCCUGGACUUGGCCGCGUCUUUGGGGGCCCACUCAGAGAGAGGACAGAUCUACCCGAAGUCGAGCUGAGAGGGGACACUAGCCUCUUCCCGUCUGUCUGCAGGACUUCCUGCAUCCUGGAGCUAGUGCUCAAGGCGGGAGCCCGCCGCUGGAGUGUGUGUACCCCCCCAACACCCCCUCCCCGGCCCCAUCACCUGCCCCGUGAAAGGAGGGAACACUGAGCAUCUCCAUGUGCUCGCCUCUCCAGUGACUAAGGGUCGGGAAGAUUCCCUGGGGGCUGGUGGGGCUGGGAGCAGGGCACAGAGCAGGUCAGCUUCCUCAAUUCCCCACCAACUUCAGGACAGGAACCACCCCUUGUCAGGCGGGCCCAGAAUCUUCUUCUCCCUCCUGGGGUAUGCUGGCGCCCCUCCACUCCUCAGCAGGCACAUACUUCCCUUGCCCGGGCCCCAGGAAGUUUCUCUGCAUCCUGAGCUUGUCAGCCUGCGAGCCCUGCACUGGGCCUUGGCGUUCAGAGCUAUAGCAUAAGAACGUUGGGUGAGGUCA